UUAGAGGUACUUCGGAUUGCAAUCAGCUUCGCACUGUUUGCCUCGGGUAGAUUUGGCUGCACGCGGUUGCACACACAGCCAGCGCGGAGUGUACAAACAGAAGUGUGUUCGGUUUAAAUUUGAACAGGACCCCCCACCCUACAUCCCAUCGGGGGUAGUUUUUUUCCUUUGCUACUGUCUUUCGUUCGUUUUCCACCCCUGCCUCGUGCAGUCAGUUUGCAAUCUGUUCUACCGAAUAGAGGGAGCCAACUUUUUGCCCAUUUCAACGUCGACCGAGUUCGAGUCCAGUUUCUACGUUCGAGAGAAGAAAAUUUACAAAGUGAUCGCAAAAUCGACUCUUUUUUGCUGCUAUUGAUGGUCUGUAACUAUCCGAGGUUGUCUUGACAACGGAACGAGCGAGUGGAGAAAAAAAAAAUCUAUCCAAACGAAAAUUUCAUUACCACGUGCUGUUACUAUUGGUAGGACAGUGUAAGAAAAAAAAGAAGAGAAGCACAAAAAAACAUCGUUAUCAGUGAGUUGCAAGUUUCGAUGUGCAUUUUCCCGUCGUUCCCAAAAGCAAAAGACGAGUAAGUAGCAGUUGCAGUGUUGUGUUUGUGUUAAAUUGAGUGCACGGUCUUCGCUGUCGGAAGAAACAACCUACAGAAGGAGAUCAGAAUUCCCUCAACACUGGCGGUGGCUUGAAAAGACGUCCAUUAUUAGAUAAUACCAUUUCUUUUGGACUUUGGGAAUAGCCCACAACAAAAGUGGCCAGCAGCGUAAAAUCCGAGAGCUGCUUUUGGCGCAAGUGGCCAUCAACGGCAAGAGUUUUGCGCGUUAAAAAUAUAUAGCGUACAAAAGAGAAGAGUAAAAUAAAACCAAAGCUCCCGCAACGUUGGGGUCUGAUACGACUAGGGGCCCGAGACGUGUCAAGAGGGCUGAGGCACUGUGGAAGCUGAUUACAACUGGGCUGCAAGCGAGCAAAAGUGUGUGGAAGCCAACGGCGCCACCGAGUGGGGAAAUGUUUUCAAGAGUCCGAACGAUGUCAUCCCGUCACACCAAAAGGUUGCUGUUUAUCGGCAUUACCUUCGCAAUGCUUUGUCUAGUGCAAACUGCACUGGCAGCAAGUGCAACAACAGCAGCAGCAGCAGCAGCAGCUCCGGCCACAACACAAAAGUCACAGGUUUCGGAUGAGGCACUCGAGAAGGCACUCAGCGACAAGCGGUACCUGAUGCGACAGCUCAAAUGUGCACUCGGUGAAGUUCCCUGCGAUCCGGUUGGCAAGCGGCUCAAAAGUCUUGCCCCAUUUGUGCUGCGCGGAGCCUGCCCCCAGUGCACUCCAACCGAGGUGACCCAAAUCAAGAAAACGUUGGCACAUCUACAGCGCAAUUUCCCGGCCGAAUGGAACAAACUGGUGCAAACGUAUGCAGGCUGAUCGUGCCAGCGACAUCGGUCUGAAGGACAAACUGCCAUCGCCGAUCCACUUGUGCGCUUGUAUUUUAACUAUCGCUUAUGGAGGGUAGAAGCUUUUUUACAAAAUAAAUAAAUA